AUGUCAGUUCAAGGGGACAGCGACGUGGACGCGACGGAGGAGAUCAACGUGGACGACUCGGACACCGGAAGCUGCGGUCCGCACGAUUACGCGAGCGACGCUCGUCGGCUGCCGCGCGAGCACUCGGAGUGCUCGAAUUCCCCGCCGCCGAGCCAGACCAGCUCGCGGACGUUACAGAACGAGUCGCCGAGGAGUCAUCCGUUCAGCAUAAGCCGUCUGCUGGGCGAAAGCCGAUCGCAGAACCCAAAGAGUCCUUCCUCCGAGGACUUGGACAGCGAUAAGGAGAGGAAGUGGUCUUGGGAGGAAGGCAACAACAAUGGUAGCUCUUCGAUGACCUUAGACGAUGGCCGGAGAUCCUGGGGCCACGAGAUAGAGGAAAAGCUGUCGGAGAAGGAUGACGACGACACGGGCAGCACACCGGAAACACAGACGAACUCCUCGUCAUCGGUCCACUGUUCGACCGCCGCGGACCUCUUGGCGCCGUUCAGGCUUUUCCCGACCGGAACUGGUCUGAUUUACACGGGCGGUGGUGUAAUAAGAGUCCCCGCGCACCGACCGCCGGGUGCUAAUGGCACCACCGCGGGAGCACUGCCGGCACAGGCAUUGAUACCGCCGUGGAGUUUACAAGCCCUUCAACACAGCCAGCAGCAAGCGGCGGCCGCUGGCCUCCACAGGGCGAGCUUACUCGCAAACCUCGCCGCACAUCCCUUUCAGGGACACCCGCACCUUAAGGACAGGUUGGCAGUAGCCGGCGCAUUUCCAAGGAGGAUCGGUCAUCCCUACCAAAACAGGACACCACCAAAGAGAAAGAAGCCAAGGACAAGCUUCACCAGAUUGCAAAUCGCCGAGCUUGAGAAACGUUUCCACAAACAGAAAUACUUGGCAUCUGCUGAGAGAGCAGCUCUGGCUAAAUCCUUGAAGAUGACUGACGCUCAAGUGAAGACCUGGUUUCAGAAUAGACGAACAAAAUGGAGGAGACAAACAGCGGAAGAAAGGGAAGCCGAGAGGCAGGCGGCGAAUCGUUUAAUGCUGUCCCUUCAAGCGGAAGCACUUGGGAAAGUAGCUUAUCCUACAACAGUAUCCAGCCAUCCAGCAGGGACUACUGUUCCCAGUUUGGAUAGGCAGCAGGCGCCCGCUGCACUGACCCACCCCGUCGGUCAAUGGGCUUCGCCGUACGGCCCACCGCAACCCCUAGCCGAACCAAUUUGCUGAAUCCCGAUGAUUCAUGUGACUUGAUAAACUUUACUGCUGGAUGAACUUGAGGCGCCAAUUAUGUCACUUUUGUAUUCGAUCGGCAAAAAUAUUGUUGCAACUCUAAUAGAUACCUCUGCAAAUAAAAUUUGCAUGUGUAGGCGAAUACAUUGUUAUCUUAACACUUAAUGAACGGGUGAUUUUUUGUCUAUCUUUUACCACUCCCGAGAAUUUUUGAAGAAAUUAUAUAAACCUGUAGACAUGUUUUUAAA